CCUCGCUCUCUUAAAGGGGCCGCGCUCCCCCGGUCCCCACCGCCGCCGCCGCCAUGUUCCUCCGCCGCCUCCCGGCCGCCGCCAUCGCCACUAUCGCGACAGUCGCGACCCCGCGGGGCCUCGCCACGGCCGGGGGGGAGGGGCGGCAGCUGCUGCUGCGCCAGCUCUUCGAGGCCUCCUCCUGCACCUACACUUACCUGCUGGCCGACGCCCGCAGCGGCGACGCCGUCAUCAUCGACCCCGUGCUGGAGACGGUGCCCCGGGACCUGCGGCUGCUGCGGGAGCUCGGCCUCACCCUGCGCUACGCAGCCAACACGCACUGCCACGCGGAUCACGUGACGGGGUCGGGCGCGCUCCGGCGCGCGCUCGGCUGCGUCAGCGCCGCCUCCCGCGCCAGCGGCGCAUGCGCGGACCUGCGGCUGGGGGAGGGGGACGAGCUGCGCUUCGGGGAGUUCGCGCUGCGCGUGGUCCCCACCCCCGGCCACACCCCCGGCUGCGUCACUUUUGUUCUGGAUGAUUCCAGCAUGGCCUUCACCGGGGACGCGCUGCUGAUCCGGGGCUGCGGCCGCACCGACUUCCAGCAGGGCUGUGCCCGCACCCUGCACCGCUCGGUGCACGAGAGAAUCUUCACCCUCCCCGAGAGCUGCCGCGUCUACCCCGGGCACGACUACGCGGGCCACACGGUCUCCACGGUGGGGGAGGAGCGGCGUCACAACCCCCGCCUGACCCUCGGCGCCGACGACUUCGUGGCCCUGAUGGAGCGGCUGGAGCUGCCCCGCCCCCGCCUGAUGGACAUCGCCAUCCCGGCCAAUCUGCGCUGCGGGAUCCAGGAUGAGCCUUAGCCACGCCCACUUCCGGUGGAAACCACGCCCACUUCCGGCUCUAACCACGCCAGUUCUGUGUGAAACCAUGGGUGCUUUUCCUCUCAAACCACGCCCACUUCCGGUGAAAACCACGCCCACUUCCGGCUAAAAAUCACACCCAGUUUCAAACUCCAACCAUGGACACUUCCGGGUUAAACCACGCCCACUCCUGUGUUAAACAACGUUAAUUUCCGGAUUAGACCACGCCCACUUCCGGCCAAAACCCACUCCCAGUUCCAAACUCGAACUACGGUCACUUCCGGGUCAAACCACGCCCAUUUUCGGCUCAAACCACGCCCAGUUUCAUCUCAGACCACGCCCACUUCCGGUUGAAACCACGCCCGGAUUUCAACUCCAACCGUGGUCACUUCCGGGUGAAGCUCCGCCCACUCCGGUUCAAACCACGCCCCCUUUGACGCGGAGGACGCUGUGAGCCCCCGGUGGCCCCGCCCCCUUGGCCCCGCCCCCUCGCGAGUUCCAGCCAAUCAGAAUAAAGCGGCUCCGUGGCUGAAA